GACUGCAGCUUCCUCGGUUCAGUCUUCAGAAGGGAAAUCUGAGAGUCAUAACAUCUUAUAGCUUGGCUUGACACUGUGGUCAUGCGGUGGGCCCGAAAUAAACUCCCUGCUUCAAAGGAGAGUGCUUCAGAACUGCCUGGCACAGCAACUGGAAGCUCAGGGCCAGCACAGGAGGCAAAUUCAGGGAGCAUGUUCUGAGUUCAGUCAAGAAAAUCUCUUUGUUGCCCAGACCUGUGUCCCCGCCACACAGAGCCACGCAGGGAUUUGUCCCCUGCUGUGUGCUUGCUACUGCUGAGUCUCUCUUCUGGAAGGUGGAAGAGAAUUGGCCAAGAUGGCGACUGACAUCAGCACUCAGGGCAGACAGCGUGCCAUCGGGCAUGAGGAGUACAGCUUGUAUAGCAGCCUGAGUGAGGAGGAGCUGGUCCAGAUGGCCAUCGAGCAGAGCCUGGCAGACAAGACUCGGGGUCCAACCCCUGCUGAGACUACUGUGUCCUCUCAGACCAACCACCAGCCAGGCCAUUUCCACCCGUGGACUGGGUCUACUUCGCCUCCUGAGAGCACACCGUCCCGCGCACCCCUGGGCCUGUUCCAAGGGGUCAUGCAGAAGUAUAGCAGCAGCCUGUUCAAGACCUCCCAGAUGGCGGCUAUGGAUCCAGUGCUGAAGGCCAUCAAGGAAGGGAAUGCAGAAGCCUUGAAGGCCAUGAUCCAGGAUGGGAAGAAUCUCGCCGAGCCCAACUCGGAGGGCUGGCUGCCGCUACACGAGGCUGCUUACUACGGCCAGCUGGGCUGUCUGAAGGUCCUGCAGCAAGCCUACCCAGGGGCCAUUGACCAGCGCACACUGCAGGAGGAGACAGCACUCUAUCUGGCCACAUGCAGGGAGCACCUGGACUGCCUCCAGUCACUGCUCCAGGCAGGGGCAGAGCCUGACAUCUCUAACAAAUCCAGGGAGACGCCGCUUUACAAGGCCUGUGAACGCAAGAAUGCAGAGGCAGUGAGGAUAUUGGUACGCUACAAUGCAGACACCAACCACCGCUGUAAUCGGGGCUGGACCGCACUACACGAGUCUGUCUCCCGCAAUGACCUGGAAGUCAUGGAGAUCCUGGUGAGCGGCGGGGCCAAGGUGGAGGCCAAGAAUGUCUACAGCAUCACCCCCCUGUUUGUGGCAGCCCAGAGUGGUCAGCUGGAGGCCCUGAGGUUCCUGGCUAAGCAUGGAGCAGACAUCAACACACAGGCCAGUGACAGUGCAUCAGCCCUUUAUGAGGCUUGCAAGAAUGAACAUGAAGAUGUAGUGGAGUUUCUUCUCUCACAGGGCGCUGAUGCCAACAAAGCCAACAAAGAUGGCCUGCUUCCGCUGCAUGUUGCUUCCAAGAAGGGCAACUACAGGAUUGUGCAGAUGUUGCUGCCGGUGACCAGCCGCACGCGCGUGCGCCGCAGCGGCAUCAGCCCGUUGCACCUGGCGGCCGAGCGCAACCACGACGCGGUGCUGGAGGCGCUGCUGGCCGCGCGCUUCGACGUGAACGCGCCUCUGGCACCCGAGCGCUCGCGCCUCUAUGAGGACCGCCGGAGCUCUGCACUCUACUUCGCCGUGGUCAACAACAACGUGUACGCCACCGAGCUGCUGCUGCUGGCGGGCGCCGACCCCAACCGUGACGUCAUCAGCCCCCUGCUCGUGGCUAUCCGCCACGGCUGCCUGCGCACCAUGCAGCUGCUGUUGGACCACGGCGCCAACAUCGACGCCUACAUCGCUACGCACCCCACCGCCUUCCCCGCCACCAUCAUGUUUGCCAUGAAGUGUCUGUCGUUGCUCAAGUUCCUCAUGGACCUCGGCUGCGAUGGCGAGCCCUGCUUCUCCUGCCUGUACGGCAACGGGCCGCACCCUCCUGCCCCGCGACCCGGCCGCUUCCAUGACGCGCCCGUGGACGACAAGGCACCCAGCGUGGUGCAGUUCUGUGAGUUCCUGUCGGCCCCGGAAGUGAGCCGCUGGGCGGGACCCAUCAUUGAUGUCCUCCUGGACUACGUUGGCAACGUGCAGCUGUGCUCCCGGCUAAAGGAACACAUUGACAGCUUUGAGGACUGGGCUGUCAUCAAGGAGAAGGCAGAACCUCCGAGACCUCUGGCUCACCUCUGCCGGCUGCGGGUUCGGAAGGCCAUAGGAAAAUACCGGAUAAAACUGCUAGACACACUGCCACUCCCAGGCAGGCUAAUCAGAUACCUGAAAUACGAGAACUCACAGUAACCAGCCUGGGAGGAGAUGUGGUCUUCAGACUGUUUCCAUGACACCUCAGGUGGCCUGCAUCCAGGAACGCCUGGGGUCAGAAGGAAGCUGCAGAGUGUGAUCUUGGGUCUCUGUACUAGAGCUUCCUCCAAAGUGAGAGCCCGGUGUGUGGAGUAGGCAAGACAACUCCUGUUUCAAACUGUUGAAUGGAUCACAGACCUGGAUGCUCUGCCAUUGGACAUGGCCAGAGAACUUCGACCUGGGGCCAGGGCAGAGCUGGUCUGGGAAAGGCGGCCCAGACAGGAAUCCUGGCCUUCGGCAGGAGAACUUCUAGGAAUGAGUUCACCUGCCUGGAAUUACUUUGUCCAGCUGUGAAUCCAUCACUGGACUCUGAGCUUUCUGACUGAGGGGGGGAACCCUCAGUCUGAAUGCUUCAUUGAGUACAAUAAAUGUCACAUACUAAUUUUCUGCCUUGUAGUAUCCCUCUCUUUAGACUCUCCAAGCCUGAUGUUCUCAGCCUUGCCCCUGGCAGUAGUGGAGACUGAGCAGGGGGUAGGUAUGCAGACUCCUGAAUAUGUCCCCUUUGUUGGGCUUUGAAAGACUCAUGAUGGCAUGUCCUUCAUGAACCAGGAGAGACCUAGUUGGUUUCUUCUGGUUCAAUCACCAUGGAAACCAGCGCUCCAUCACUAGCAGUGGGCCCAUGCCCACAAAUCCUCUUGAUACCCAGGGUUGUCUUGCACAUUUCUUGCCCCCCCUUCCCACCUCUUGUUUGCUACAGAAGUUGAAAUAGUAAGGAAAGCAAUCCAGAGCCAGAGAGAUGGCAAGAAGAGUACAGAACCCCUGGCCACCAUGUUCCUGGGAGAGAGGUGGGAGCAGGAGUCCUGUUUGCAGGUGAGUGCUGAGGCUGGGCGCU